AUGUUGAUAACCUUGCUACAAACACCACUGAAGAUGACACCCUCAACUCAAACACCACCGAUAAUGAAUCCCUCAAUUCAACCACCAAAAAUGAAUGAAAGCACACCAGUAUCUGGUGCUGCCUACCAUGGACACCUAGAAGUAGUCCGUUAUCUGGUAAAAGUCGGCUGUGACAAGGAAGCAACUGACAAGAAUGGAGCCACACCAUUAUUUUGUGCUGCCUACCAUGGACACCUAGAAGUAGUCCGUUAUCUGGUAAAAGUCGGCUGUGACAAGGAAGCAAUUGACAAGGAUGGCGACACACCAUUAGUUAAUGCUGCAGUAGGAGGACAUCUGGAUAUUAUAAGUUACCUGGCCAGCGUUGGAUGUAAUAUACAUUCCAGAUCAAACGACGGAUCAACAGCAUUACACGGAGCUGCUGUGUAUGGACAUCUACAUGUCACCAGAUGGUUAAUAGAAGAAGGAGGUAUCAGUUCGCUGGUCACAACAUCUACGGGAAACACUCCAUAUAUGCUGGCUGCAAAAGAAAACAGCAAUGACUCUCCUGAGAUAAAAAAGAGGAAGACAGAAAUAAUGAACUACCUCAAGACUGUCGUGGCAAAGGAAGACCCCGAAAUGAUCGCAGGAACCCUAAAGCAAUUAGAUCAAGCACGUGUAGUCAAAGGACCUUAUGCAGAAAUAAAGAUGUUUUCGGAUAUGGAAUUUCAAGGUCUGUUAAGCAGCGGAUCAUACAAAUGUUACUGGAACCGUAUUUUUCUUACCGGUCCAUUUGGUGUUGGCAAGACAUGUUUAGCCAAAAUUCUAGUGGGAGAUGAGGCUCCAGAGCAACGAGAGUCAACAGAUGGUAUAUGGAUUUACCUCGGCAGAGCUGGAAUGAAUAUAAAGGAACGUUGUUGGAUAUUCUUGGAAAAGGGGACUAUCUUAAAUGCAACUGUGCAAAGUUUGCUACGGAGUAAAGAAAUGGCAACUACAGAUGAAGAGAUGUCAGAUUCUGAUGAUUCUAAAAACAGGGAGGAAAUCCAAAACAAAGCAAGGUGGCAGAAAAUCAGCAUGAGAGAAGCAGGUCAAAAUGUUGGAAAUCUUAAAUCUUCAAAUGACGAAAGUGCUCUGAUGCAUAGAGCUACUAGAUAUGAUAAUGCUGGGAGAGAGGAAGACACUGAAGAUAAAUUGACUGCCAAUGCCAUUUCAGAAGAAGACAUUAUUCAACUAAUCCGAUCUGAAUGUAAUAAAGGCAAUUACGAAAUGGUAAUUGUCCCCAUUGAUUUAUGGGACUUUGGCGGUCAAAAGAUAUAUCACUUUACACACCAACUCUUCAUAUCUAGCAGAGGCACUUUUGUAUUGAUAUUCAACGGUAGUAAAGGUAUUAACGAAGAAAUACCUGACUACCUAGACUUACCUGGCUGUAGAAAUCAACGAAAUACAGCAGUCUAUCUCGUCCAUUGGGUUAAUUCAGUCCUUACAUAUUGUAAAACUUUGACCGAAAAUGGAGGAUACCCAAAAAUCAAAUUUGUUGCAACACACAAAGAUCAAGUAAAAGGUGAUAUUGAGGAACAGAGACGAAUUUUAGAAGACUCAAUCGAAAAACUCUUCGAAAAUCAUGGAGGAAAACAACAUCUUCAAUAUCAACCACUUAUUUUUGUGGAUGCAAGAAACAAAGAGGACAAAGAAUUAGACACAUUGAAGAGGCAGUUGGUGGAAGUUGCAUUAGGCCAUCCUUGUUGUGGAGAACCUAUGCCAACAAAGUUUGUGCCCCUUGAACUUCAAUUAGCCAAAAAAGUAGAGGAGAAAAAGAAAGUACUAUCCAUUGGUGAACUGAAUGAGCUUAACCAGCAGAAUGAAAAACAUGCAUUAACCCCAGAUCAGCUACAAAAGUUUCUGAAGGUCAACCAUGCCCUAGGAAAGCUGAUCUACUUCGAUGAAGCUUGCUUGAGAGAUAAUGUUAUCAUUGAUCCAGUAUUUUUGGUAGACGUGCUACGUUCCAUCGUUACUGACGAACAGUUUUGGCCAGAACAUCUCAUUGAAAUAUUAAGAGAUCUCAAAGAGAGUGGAAAAUUGUUGAAAAAGGAUUUACAUGAAAUAUGGAAACAAGACUGUUUCAAGGAGAUCUCAGAGCACAAAGAUUAUAUGGUAGAAAUGUUAGUUCAUCUGGACAUAAUUUGUAGACAAAAAGACGAUGAAAAUGAAUCUGAUUUUUUCUUAGUUCCAUGCAUGAUAAGCACAAAAAGAGAAGACAGCCAACAGAUAGAUUUUGACAGAAGUAUACAUCUGGCUUAUAGGUUUAAGGAGGAAGUUGUACCACCUGCUAUCCUUUACCGAUUCAUCGCGACUUUCAUAUCAAUGUGGAAGCUCCGAGUCAGCACAAAAUCAAGUCGCCUGAUGAUCUUCACGGACAGUGCUGAUGUUACAAUUGAUAAUGAACACGAUAUGAGAAUUGACAUUCAGGGAAACAGAAUCAUAGUUUCUCUUUCUCACAAAGAAAGCCAAAUGUCCAUUGUACAUACAAUAGCAUCAACAGCUCAGGAAUGCCUCACACAUGCUAUUACAAACAUUUCCAAUUUUUAUUUCUCAGUUUCAGAUGAUUCUGGUUGCACGAGAGAUUUGCCAUUCAUCAUUCAAAUUGGUAUAGUUUGUGGGUCAGAUCUUUGCUUUUUUGACCACAUGUUGAGAACCAAGGAGGAAUGGACAUGUCCUGAUCACAAAAGAAUACACAAGACUAAUAUUGUGUCUAUGUGGUUUGCAGACAAGUUACAUACAGAGAAUGACAUAUGCCAAGUUGAUUGUCCAGGUUUAGAUAUAGCAUGGCUAGAUAGUAAUCCAGAUGAUAGACACUUGGGACGCUUAGCAGCUGAAAUGACAAUAGAAGAAGUAAGGAAAAUGUAUAUCCACCUGAAGGAAAAAAAUGCAUUUAGGUCUUGGGAUAAAAUCAAAGAAUCAAGCAUCAGAAUGGCCUUUGAUGUCAACAUGAACGCUCUAUAUGAUUGGAAGAAAAGUACGCAGUCUGCUACAUUUAAGCAGCUUCAGAACAGUUUGAAAGAGGAAGAUAUCCACAAAUUAUGUCAGAUUUUAAGAGAAGUUCAAAAAGUGUUGGACCAACCAAGAGAUGUGUUACUUCGUAGACCGUCAGAGUCAAGUAUACAAUAACUGCCUAAUCAUAUAGGAGAUCAAACAUAUCAGCUGGGAAUAGAACUUGGGUUCAAAGUUGUUGAGAUGCAGCAGAUUGAGAGAAACCAUGUGAGAAAUCUUCGUGGCCAAACAGAAGAGGUU